AAGGCGGCUUCCCGGUUUUCCUUCGGCGCCCCGCGCGCGCUCGUCGCACGUGAUCGUCCCGUAGCCAAUCGCUAUAUUGAGCGCUUCGACGGCGGCGGCCAGGUGGGUUCAUGUUGUUUCCUAGGCAACUCCGUCUCUGUGGACGCCUGGAGCGGGCAGCAUCCGGCGGCUGUGAGGCAUGUUCCGUGGAGGGUUCGGCCUCGUCAGCACCUGUACAUGAAUCAUGAAAAGCUUCAAGAAAGUGUUUCAUAGCUGUGUCUGUCCAAAUCCCUUGAGAACGUAUUUUCAUUAGCAGUGUCUGUCAGUUCAAUGAUUUGGGUGUUUAAGGCCAGUUGCUGACCAUGGCUCACCGGUUAUUGAAAGAAGAUCUGGAUGAACAGUUUGAACAGUUCUUAAAAGAGUCUCUUUCAGAUGAUUCAUUUGGAAAUGAGCCACAGAAAAAAUCCAGUGUUCCAGAAACUGUUGGACCAAGUAGAAAUAAGAAUCAGUCUUUACCAUGGUGGAUAUCUGAAAGUGAUUUGGAUGAUGUUCCAAAGACAAGCAAGUUUGUAAAACAAAGGAAUGAGAAGAAACUGCUAGGGGGGGAAGAUGACAUGACUGAAGAUGGUGACAAGAAGAUACUACUUUCAAAUGACCAGGAUGGAACCCAUAGCACAAGUGGUAGUUUUCUGAAGUCACGAAGGCUUUCACGGUGUGUUAUGGAAGAGGAUGAAAAUCAAGCAGAAGAAAUUCAGAUUCAGCAGCCUAAUGGUGUUUCUGUCUCUUUAAGCAGAGACAGUCUGGAAACUAAUGAUUCAGUUGUUGCUUUGGGGCCUAGUGACAAUCUUCCGGGGCCUGGAUUGGAUACUUUGGAAGAACAAGAGGAAAAGGAGAGAUUCUUUGCUGACCUUGAGAAAGGAGCAUCAUCUACCAUUGACUAUUCAAGAUUAAAUAAGGAGCUGGACUCCAACGAUUCAGACGUGUUACAAGUGUUUCUUCGGAAUUCUGAUGCGAAGGACGUGGAAGAAGGAAAUGAAGAUAAACCUAAGAAUCAUGAAAAAUCUGGUGAUUAUAGUGAGGAUUUUGAAGAAGAUUCAAAAUCUAACAAGGAUACUGACAUUGAACCACCUGUCAUAUCAGAAGCUAAGGAGGAAGAGACUGGCAUGCUGGCUAAAGUCGUCCUCCUUGAUUCCCAAGACUCAACUCUGGAGUUUCAAAAACUUUGUGAUCAACAGAAUGCAGCUGUGACAGAACAUCACUUACCUCAAGAAGUCACCACAAAUGAAAUGAAUGGAACAGGUAUUUCUGGUGGGCAAACUAACAGUGAUAUUGAAGCUUUGCAUCAGGCCUACUGCCAUAUUGAGCAGUCUUUAGGGGAUACUGAUGAACAAAAAAUUAAUGCUGACAAAGUGGAAAAUGUAGAGAACUUGGUCAAAGAUGUUUCGCAGGAUAAAGAAGACUGCCCAAAAAAUACCUCCACUACUGAUUCUGACUUGCCCACCAUAGAAGAACUGAUGAAACCUAUCAGAAUGGAUUCAUCUUUCAUCAGGAGCUAUCACCAGGAACCAGAAAGAGUCACACACAAUACAGAUGAAUUAGUGAGUCUUUUCCCAGUUAAAGAACCACAGAAUGGGACAUAUGCAGAAAAGCAAAGCAUUGGUAGUUUGAUGGGCCAAUAUCAUGAGCAAGAGAAUGUUUCUAUUCAGCCAGUUGUGAAGGAAGAUAAUGAAGCCCAUCCUCAAGAAAAGACUGACAAAGACAGAAUGACAGACAAAAUUAAAAAUGAUACCUGGAAACAAAAUACUCUUCCAAAAUCUUCAACAUUGCAUCAAGAGUACAGAUCUAAUCAGAUACAUCAUCCCAGCACAUUGAAUAAAGAGGGUCUGAAUUCAGUGAUCAAUAAACAAAUCAUGUAUAAAAAUACAAAAAACGCAGUUGGCGGAUAUAGAAAAAAAUCUCCAAGUGGGCUGUAUAGCGCUGUUAGAAGUUCUGGGUAUGGAAAAUCCAGUUUUUCAUUAAAGCAUCUUCCCAGUGUUAAUGAGAAGUCAUUAAAGGAAGGACUCAAAAAGCCAGAACUGAAAAACAAAUCUCCUCCAAAGCAAAAAGGGGCAUCUGGAACUCAGAUUAUACAGAGAACAAACAAUCCAGUUUUUACAAAGAAAAAUUGCAGUGCAACACCCGGUGAGUCAUCCACAAGUAGUCUUCAAGAGCAAGCAAAAGAAAGUGACUCCUGCAUCCAUAUCCACAAUAGUAGUGAAAGGGAGCUUUAUUUACUAAAGAGAGUUCAUGAAGCUGAGGAAAAAUUGGCUGCAGCCCAUGAUUUAAUUCAGCAUCUAAAAGUUACACAUUUGCAAAAGGAGAAGGAAAUGGAAACAAAAAUCAUGGAAAUGAAGAUGCAACAAGAUAAAACCCUUUUUCAACUAAACCAAGAAAAGUAUGUUCUUCAGACACAGCUAAACCAAAGAGAGGACUUGAACAAAGGAACAAAAUGGUCACAUAUCUGGGAAGGAAUUCCUGAUAAUGGUGAAAUGUUGAAAGAAAUAAAAAAAGAACUCCAAAAUCAAGAGACACUGCUUCAAGGGUAUCAACAGGAAAAUGAAAGAUUAUAUAAUCAAGUGAAAGACUUACAACUGAAUAACAAGAAAAAUGAAGAAAAUAUGUUCAGAGAGAAUCAGCAUUUGAUGGCUGAAUUAGCAUCCUUAAGAGAACAAAUGGAUAAAAACAAUAUUUUAUCACAUGGAGGACAGAAUGCUGAGUCUAUGGGGAAUCAGAGAGUCACAGACUUAAUUUUAGAACUUAAAGAAGCCAAGGUUAUAGAAGCCAAUUUGCUUGAACAGAGAAAGAAUCUGAAGCAAGAGAAACAAGCCCUUGAAGUAGACUUGGGACAAAUGAAGAAGGAGCGAGAUUUGGCAAGAGCCCAAAUUGCUUCCACUUCAGCUGAAAAAUCAUAUGAGAUGAAGGUUAUGGAAGAAUCCUACAAAGAAGAAAUCAGUCGUUUGCAAAAAAGACUCCAGUGGUAUGCCGAAAAUCAGGAGCUCUUGGAUAAAGAUGCAGCCCGCCUUCGAAAAGCAAAAGAAGAAAUUAAGAAACUAAAACUAGAGGUUGAUAAGCUUAGAAGUGAAGCUGGGAAUCAAACAUUGCAGCAAAAGAAACAACUAAAAGACAGGACAGCAGAUUCUAAACGAGUUCAAGACCUUGAGCGACAGGUUAAAGAAAUGGAAGGGAUUCUGAGAAGAAGACACCCAAAUUCUUUGCCCGCUUUGAUAUAUGCUGCUGCUACUGCAUCUUCUGAAGGUGAUGAUUCAGCAAAAGCAAAUACAGUUGACUUCCUUGAAAAAAGAGUCAAAAAGUUAGAAGGGGAACUUGAGGGUAAAGAUGAUGAAGCUAAGAAAAGUCUCCGUACAAUGGAACAACAGUUUCAAAAACUAAAGCUCCAGUAUGAGAAAAGGAUUGGGGAACUCGAGCAACUGCUGGCAUAUAAGCUGCUGAAUGAGUCCAAGAAGACAGAAGACAACUCGUCCGCCUUGAUGGCCCUUGAAAAAGAACUUAAUAGUGCAAAGGAAGCUCAUCAGAUCACUGUAAGAAAUCUUCAAGCCGAAAUCGAUUCUCUUAGAAACCAGAAAGCUCAACUGGAACUCCAGAGGAACACAACAGACAGUGCAGACCUACAGUUGCUAGAAUAUCAGGUGGAGCAGGCUCAGUCUAAAUCCCAGUUGGUACGACUCAAUCAGGAAGUGAUUGCCAAGAACAGAGAGAUACAAGACCUCACAAAAACUGUAGAAAGACUUCAGAAAGAGAGAAUGAUUAUGCUUUCUGAUAAGAAUUCAUCUGGCAAAACUAACCAAAAAGAAAAGCCUACAGGAAUCUUGAAAAAAAAUGUUGUCAGUUCCAUUCAUAGGAACCCCAGAAACGAAGGGUUCUUUCCUGCCACCCUUGAUGAUAAAAUAUACCAACCUGAUGCUUUUGCUGAUUCUUCCAUUUCAGAAAUCGUGCAAGAAAAUGCCCAGUUGAAAAAGGAAUUAGAAAAGCUAACCUUAGAAUUUAGCCAGCAAAGGGUAAAAUCUCAAGCAGCUGUGGCAAAUUCUGAAAGUCUUGUAAGAAGGGUAAAGGAAGAUGCGGAGGAAUACAUAACAGCCCUCAAAGCAUCACACCAGAAAGAAGUAGAGGUAAUUCUUUGUCAGCAUGCCACCGAAUAUUCUACCUCAAAACUAGCUGAACUGAAUAGCAAAAUUUCAACACAAGAGAUCCUUAUUAGACAUUUUCAACAGCAAGUUCGUGAGUUGCAGAGAGAUCAAGAAGCCCUUGCAGUUUCACGAAAGAGAGAGGAAAUACUUCAAAAAGAGAUGGCAAAACUGUUAGAAGAACUCAGGGAGGCCAGAGAGAGCCAGAGCCCUGAGAUGAGACAUUUUGUGUGUCUGGAGCAAAAGAUCAAACAGCUGGAAACCAGAUAUGAACAAAGAGAGCAAGAACUUCAGCAGGUAAUACAGGAAACACGACAUAUGGCAGAAGUGGAACAAAUCCAGGAAAUUGAAAAGUGGAGAAAACUUGCAUUACUUAAAAAUCAAGAGCUGGAGAAAUUUCGUAUUGAGCUGGAUUCUAUGUUGGAUGUUCUUCGACAGCUACAGAAACAGGGAGUUAUUAUUCCAGUUGGUGGCUCAAAUAUGUCCGAAAGUUACUGGAAGAUUUGAAUGGGCAUUAGUUAAUCAGAGAGUAAGACAGUAACAAGCCUGAAAACAUUCCAAAAAUGUCAUUAGGUUCAAAUGUAUCUGGAUUCGUAUGUCUUGCUGAUAUUUUUAACUUUAUAUUUAUUAAAAAUAAUACCAAGUUUA